CUGAAGGAAGUUUUCCACGAUUGAGAGCCAAACAACAAUAGGGUUUCUCUCUUUGCCAAAAAAACUCUUUCAUUCAAGUGGGCUCUACGGCAGGUUGUUCUCUGGGUAACAAGUCGGCAAAAUGAGCAAUCCAACAGAUAUGAGGUCUCAAUCAAUCUAAGCAUUUUAUGCAUAAAUAGGAGGACAAACCCAUGUGAACUUCAAUUGCUUAUGUCUCUUGUCAAUACCCAUAUUGCCUCCAGAACCACACAUCACUAAGAUUUUCCAACUUUCCAAAGGGCAAUAAUUUUUUCUAUAAAUAUAUAAACUCAGAUAUAAUCCCACAGCCAAAAUAGAGAGCUCUCCUCACAUUCUCUUGUAGCACAUCAUUCUUUUCACCCUCCAAGUUAGCAAAUACCAAUUAUGGCUUUUCGGUUGCCUGGCAUUAAUCAUGGAAAACAGCAAAUUCUCCGCAGAAAAGAAGCAGGAUUGAUAUCCAAAAAUGUGCCAAAAGGGUAUUUUGCAGUGUAUGUAGGAGAGGAGCAGAAGAAGAGGUUCUUAGUACCGAUCUCAUACUUGAAAGAGCCAGCAUUCCAAGACUUGCUGAGUAUGGCAGAAGAGGAAUAUGAGUUCAACCAUCCAAUGGGUGGUCUCACUAUUCCUUGCCGGGAAGACAUUUUCACUGAUCUCACUUCUCGCCUGAAUAAUAAUGGAUCAUAAAAAAGUAAAAGCUAAAAGGCAGAGACUAGAAAAGAUAAACUUUGUUUUCGGUAAAGAAGACAAGGCCAAGGUGGAAAAUUUCUACCCCACCGAAGAAGUUGAAGAUUCUACUGCCACAUCAAGAAUGUGACAGCAAUGGGUUUCCUAUCUUGCAAGGAAAUUUCAAGCUAAGUUGGUUUCCCAUGGGGAUCGAUGAUAAAGCAUAUAUGCAAAGCGCAAGCUUCCAUUAAUCUCUGUUACCUAAAGACCCCAUGUGCCAACCCAAAAGCGCGUGAGCUCUUCAAGUCAAGAACUUUGAUUGUUUACUUCAAAUUUUUUUUUUUUUUUUUUUUUUUUUGGGUGCAUUGAGCUAGAGCUGUAAUUCCCCCAGUGACAUGUGGCUAACUUUAUUUUUCUUCUAGAACUUUUCCUUUACAUCAAUACCCCAUUCAACGUGUCUAAAUGAUUGAUGGUUAUUUACAAAAAUAAAUAAAUAAAAAUGAUUAAUGACUGGGCUUACUUGUUUUUGCGGCAUUUUUCAUCAUCAGAGCAAAAGGUUGGCUUGAAUUUGAAUGGAUUAAUAAUUCAUGAAUUGUAGUAGGGCUUGCUUGUAAGACUCAAAUUCACAAAGCUUUGAUCCAACUAUGAAGCUGAAAUUAGAUUUUAGAACAUGUCAUGUAUGUACGGGCAAGAGCUAUAAAUU